AGAAGAAGGGAAGUCGGACCAGACACGUUCUCCUUCACACACUCUUCAUGAAGAGAGUUUGUUAUUAGACAUCCAGACUUUCGUUACUGGUCAGAUUAUUUUGUACUUCACUCCAUCUUAUGAAACAGAGAAGAUGCUUUCUGUGGUCCACUUUGAGAACUUUCUGAAGACGAGUCACCUCCAUGCUUCUCGUUGUUUCAGACCUUGUUUUUUUUAGGAUUUUGACAUCGUUGGACACUUUUUAAAUUUCCCUGCGUUUUCCUCCGGAAUUCAUUCCCUUCUAGCUUGGACUGUGCUGAACUGCCGUCCCCAAUGCUGACUGAACCGUAUGGAUCAAUGUCUGUGGGGUCAGAUGUUCACGACCUGACCCUUCUCCCUCCAGCUCCCCCCGUGCCGGCUUUACCAGGAGCUGCUGGUGGCUGUGGGAUGUCUGUUGGUGGAGGUCAGUGGACCCAACUGCUGGACCUCCAUCCCAGCUCACCCUACAGCUCCCUGAACCCCCACCACUCUCUCAUAAAGCAGGAGCCAGGCUGGGGGGCCGCCGACCCAACGGAGGACCCUCACUGCGGACUGGGAGCGUUCACUGUCCACAUCUCCGGUCAGUUUACGGGCUCGGGGCCCUGUCGGGUCGGUGCCUUUGGGGAGACGGCACCUACUCAGACCAGGAUGUUUCCCAGCGGAUCCUACCUGUCCGGCUGUGUGGACAGCCCGCCUGCAUCCAGGAUCCAGGGUUAUGGAGCUGUGGGUUUGGACAGCAACCCCAGCUAUGGUCAUACGCCGUCUCACCACCACCCCCAGCUCUCCAGCCUGUCCUUCAAGCACGAUGACAUGCUGUCACCGCCAAACAACAUAGUGGAUCAGCAGUAUUCCACUCCAAAUACCAUGUUUGGUUGUCACAAUCCAUCAGAAUCCUGUCCAAGCAACCAAGCUCUGCUGUUAAGAAACUACAACAGUGACAACUUGUACCAAAUGGCCUCUCAGCUGGAGUGUGUCACCUGGAACCAAAUGAACAGCCUGACAUCAUCCAUGAAGAGCCAUCACACCAGCUUCGACAGCGAGCCCACCGUCCCGGCCCCACCCAUGCUCGUCAGCGCCCAGUACCACAUACACACACAUGGUGUUUUCAGAGGACUCCAGGAUGUCCGAUGUGUACCUAAUAUUACUCCUCCUGCAGUUCCAAAGUCCACAGAAGGCAGUGACAAACGCCCUUUUGUGUGUACUCAUCCUGGCUGCAACAAGAAAUACUUCAAACUGUCACACCUGCAGAUGCAUGGCCGGAAGCACACGGGAGAGAAACCGUACCAGUGUGAUUAUUCCGAAUGUGGCCGGAGCUUUUCUCGUUCAGACCAGUUAAAGCGACAUCAGCGCAGACACACAGGAGUGAAGCCCUUUGAGUGUGCAACGUGUCAGAGAAGGUUCUCACGGUCAGAUCAUCUUAAGACGCACACUCGGACUCAUACAGGUAAAACAAGUGAGAAGCCCUUUAUUUGCCGCUGGCCCAGCUGUCAGAAGAAGUUUGCCCGCUCCGACGAGCUGGUGCGCCACCACAGCAUGCACCAGAGGAACCUGACCAAGCUGCAGUCGGCCAUCUGAGCAGGACGACGAGGAAGAGGAAGGUGACAAUAUGUUGUGCCAGAUAGUGGAGAAACACGCCUGGAGCCUGGUCAGCAGUUAAGGUGCCUUGCCAGAUUUGCUGAUGUGGUGAGCACAGCUGACUCCUGCCUCGGUCUCACACACACACACACACACACACACACACACACACACACACACACACACACACACACACACACACACACACAGACACACACACACACACACACACACACAAUGUGAGGAGAACAGACUCUAUGAAGACUCUGAAAACCGUUUCAACGCUUCAGAACUGGCGCCUGUCGUGAAUGUGGAGUAAAAAACUUGGACUUGGUGACAGUUUAAUCCCACAAUAAUUCUGAGUCAAGAAGACUUUUUUAACCCUGCAGAAGAGGAAAGACAUGGAUACACUAUUUUACUGCUAUACACUUGCACUGUCUUGUGUUUUGCUGUUUUAAUUAAUGAAAAUAUGCUGGAUUGUGCAAACUGGAUUCAGGAAAAAGGGACGAUUUAUCAUUUAAGUUGAUUAAUUUUUAUUUUUGCUUUAGAGAUUGCCAACCAUUCUACUUUUCCUUAAGUAGAUAACACUCAGCAAACCACUUUGUAUAUAAAGUAUGUGGAGUUUAUUCUUUUCUUACUUUGUACACUUUGCUUUGUCUUUGUACAUUUAUAAAAAUUGGAUUUAAA